UUCAGUUAUAUGCAAUUCGACCGUUUCGAAUACAACGGCUUGAUAAUCGCUUGUUGUUCUCUCUCUGUGCAGAUUUUUCACCAUAUCGUACGAGUUCGUGCGGUUAAAUAUAUUCGGUGUUCUUUAAUACAUACAGUGCAGUUCAAGCUCGAUUUUUUCGUAAAUGGAUAUCGGAGGUAAUUCUUUAAUAUCCGGAUCGGACGCAACGAAAAGAAGAGUGUGCUACUUUUACGACUCGGAAAUCGGAAACUACUACUACGGGCAAGGCCACCCAAUGAAGCCGCACAGAAUGAGAAUGACACACGCCCUUCUUGCACAAUACGGACUACUCGAACAGAUGCACGUCUUAAAACCGAACCCUGCUCGAGAAAAGGAUCUAUGCAGAUUCCAUGCAGAUGAUUACGUGGCGUUCUUGAAACGAAUCACGCCGCACACGCAGCAAGAGUACAUGAGGCAGCUCAAGAGAUUCAACGUGGGCGAAGAUUGCCCUGUUUUCGACGGGCUUUAUUCAUAUUGCCAAACUUACGCAGGCGGGUCGAUCGGUGGGGCGGUUAAGUUGAACCACGGGCAUUGUGAUAUCGCUGUUAAUUGGGCUGGCGGGUUGCACCAUGCCAAGAAAUGCGAGGCGUCGGGUUUUUGCUAUGUGAAUGACAUUGUGCUCGCCAUUCUUGAACUCCUCAAGAAUCACGAGCGUGUUUUAUACGUUGACAUCGACAUUCACCACGGCGACGGUGUAGAGGAGGCAUUCUACAUAACCGACAGAGUAAUGACCGUCUCGUUUCAUAAAUUCGGAGAUUAUUUCCCGGGCACCGGAGAUUUUCGAGAUAUUGGAUACGGAAAGGGGAAAUACUAUGCGAUUAAUGUUCCGUUAGACGACGGAAUUGACGAUGAAAGCUAUCAAUCUUUAUUUAAGCCGAUAAUGAGUAAAGUAAUGGAGGUUUAUAGGCCCGGAGCGGUUGUGUUGCAAUGUGGGGCCGACUCGUUAUCGGGAGACAGAUUAGGGUGCUUUAAUCUCACCGUUAAAGGUCACUCGGAGUGCGUUAAGUAUAUGAGAUCUUUUAAUGUGCCGCUUCUUUUGCUCGGUGGCGGUGGUUAUACUAUACGUAACGUCGCUCGAUGCUGGUGCUAUGAGACAGGGGUGGCACUUGGAGUUGAGGUUGAUGACAAAAUACCAGCACACGAAUAUAUAGAGUAUUUCGGCCCCGACUAUAGUCUUCAUGUAUCUCCAAGUAAUAUGGAAAACAAAAAUUCUCGUGAAAUGGUCGACGAAUUAAGAGCAAGAAUCCUCAAUAAUCUUUCUAAACUCGAGCAUGCUCCAAGUGUCGAGUUUCAAGAGCGGCCACCUCAUACUCAACUACCAGAGGAAGAUAAAGGUGAAGAAGAUGCUAUAGAUGAAAGGAAGCAUCCCGAUUUCGAUGCUGACGUGGACAACAAGUCUAGUCCUGGCAGGGUGCGGAUGGACAUUGUUGAACCAGAGGGACGAGAUAAGGAUGAUAUGGUUGUAGACGAGCUUGCCACACCGGUCGAGUCUACAUGCAUCGAACAGACAGGCCCAAAGGACUCCGUCGUAAAUGCGGAAGAAGAUGCUGCCACAUGUGUUAAUGUGGAGCAGCAGAACUCGGUAAAAUUGCAAGACGAGGCUGAUACCGAGGCGAAACUUAGGUUCUUGAAGAUCGAUUGA